GAGCAGCAGAGCAGAGCAGGGCCAGCACCGCCGUCGCGUCGCCGAUCGCCAAUCCUGGGGGCGCUUGUAGUGGUUGCCGCGCGCGAGAGAGUGUAGCGUAGCGACGAGAGGAGACGAGAGGAGGCGUCAGGCACAAGAGGAAGAAGAAGAAGAUAGUCGGAGUGUAGGAAGUGUUGUUGACCGUCUGUUGACGCGUUCAGCAGUGGGCAAGAAACCUUUCUGCUCUUGCUGCCCCGAGAGAGAGAGAGAGAGAGAGGGAGGGAGACACACACACAGACAGCGCGCCCUGUGAGUGAGUGAGUGAGUGAGUGAGGAGGGAGAGAGGAUUGCAGGAAUCAAACCCCACGAGAGAGAGAGUGUAAUCUCUGGGUGAUGUUUUGACUCGCACGACGGGUAGGGAGUGAGGAAGUAAUCGGGCGUUGAAAGUGGGGCGCUGGUGGAGCAAUUGGGGGACAGCAAGUGGGCGAGGGGGAGAAAAGGGAGAGACGAGCGUAGUCAUGACGGGAGGAAUUGCGAUCUCUGGUGGUAUGAUUCGGGAGCGCGGAACAAGCCAGCCGGAAAGCAUUGUCGUUCCGUGUGCGCGCUGAAAAAUCUGGACAUUUGGGCGACGGGUGUCGGGGGCAGUGCAGCGGAUUGCACGCGCACGCGCACGCGGUCGAACCUGACGGCUGGGUGCGAAUUGAGUGCGAUGUGGGCUCAAUGCUGUUGAAUGAAGAAGAUUUGACAACUGGGAAGCUGCGUUGCAUAUAUACCUUGUGAAUUCGUCUGUCAGUGUCGACGAUGUCCUCUGGCGUGUAGACCACCGCUCGUGUAUGUUCAUUAAGAAAUCGAUCACCGAGAAAACUCGAUCAGUGGACGAACCGCAGAGCAGCAGGUCUGUUUCUUGACCAGGCGGGAAGCUUGACCUCCUGUUCCUUACAGGGCUGACUCCGACGCUUUCGGAGGAGAGCCAGGGAGUGGAUGACUUGACGACGGCCGCGAGGAUACGGAGGACUUGAGAGGAAAGCGAGAGGUUUCGACAGUUUACGAAGGCAAUGCGCAGGACCAGGGGACGCUCGUAAAUUGCAGGAGGAGUGGAACAUGGGCUGUUUCUUUCCAAAAAACAAGAGCAAAGUCGCGCAGGCGGAUCAUCAGUAUGGGUCAAAAUCUGACCAUAUGUCGAACAACAAGCCGGUGGUGCUGCCCGACCCUCACAACAUCUCCAGAGAACAGCCCUCGAGGGCUUCACCGAGGAGCAAUCGAGUUAAGAAAGGGGGAAAGGGAGGGAAUGACUCCAUUAGCCCAACAGGAAGUGGCAGCAACUCCUCAUCCAGAUUGAAUGUUCAGUUUCCUCGUACUUUGUCUGCUCCUCACGACUACAGCUUUGAGGAUCCUGCCGGUGGCAAUGUCGAUGGUUCUAGCUCUGCAGCCAGUGCUACUCCGUUCUCAGCACCUCUGCCUUCGCGUCCUCCUCCUCUGGAUAUAUCGUCUUCUCCUUCAAUCGUUACCAACUCUGCACCUCUGACAUACGGAUCCUCACCUCUCUGCUGCGGUAUCCCUACAACUGUCGACUCAUCAGCAGAGUUGAGAAAUGCAUUGCUCGAGAAGAAGUCGUCAUCGUUCAACGACAAGAAGAGUUUUGGAGGCCGCCCAGUCCGUCUUCCCAAACCCCAAACCGGAGGACAUCCGUUGCCUCUUCCAUACUCUCCUGAUCGUUCGGAAGCGGGGAGCUUCGUGCUGUCUUCAGUUCUCGCUUCACCAAUUGGCGCCUCGCCGAGUCCUAGCCGAGGUCGAGAUGGAUACGGCCCAUACAGCCACGCCUUCAGGGCUUUGUCCAUGGGAGGACAUAAUCCUAUGGAUGCCAAGCCACUACCACCUCCAGCUCUCCCCACCGAAAGCCGAAGUCCAGUACGUGGAUUCUCGUUUGCCGAGCUCGCGCAGUCAUUUUCACCCGAGUUUAUGCUGGGCGAUGGCGUGUUCGGAACAGCCUACCGAGCCUGGGUCGAUGAUGGAGAAAACAAGAAGAUCGAAGUGGCUGUUGUCUGUCCUGUUUUAAAAUCGCUUCAGGGACCGAAGGAAUGGAUGGCUGAAGUCAAUUGGCUAGCGCGACUUCAAGAUCCUCGUUUGUGCAAGUUAAUCGGGUACUGCGCUGACGAGUCUGCAAGCCAGGAUGGUGAAGUUGUUCCUAGGGGUAGUAGGCGCCUUUUGGUAUACGAGUAUCUGUGUAAUGGAAGUUUGGAGAAAUAUCUCAAGGGCAAGGCGGGUCGGCAGUUGGAGUGGUCGACAAGAAUGAAAAUCGCACUGGACGUUGCUCAGGGCCUGGCUUAUCUUCACGACAAGGCUCCAUUCCAGGUCAUAUGUAGAGAUCUGAGUCCUGCCACCAUUCAGCUGGACAAGGAUUUCAGGGCAAAGGUAUCUGGUUUUGGAUUGGCUCGCUGCGGGCCUGAGGGUGACCAAGCUUCUCCCAUGGCUGGACCAUAUGCUGCGCCCGAGUCGGGCCUGAAUGGUGUCGUCACCCUUAAGAGUAAUGCCUGGAGUUUCGGAGUCAUACUGUUGGAACUACUCACCGGCCGGAGACACAUGGAUCCAAUUCAUGCUAAGGAGCAACAGAAUCUGGUACAGCUUACGAAGCCAUUUUUGAGGGACGAAGGCAAGCUCUUCCUCAUUGUCGACCCGGACCUAAACGGUAGAUAUUCUUUACGAGGAGCUCUCAAAUUGGCAAAUUUGGCCUUCCAAUGUCUACAGAAGGAAGCUUCUUUGCGGCCUAGUUUGAGUGAAGCCAUGGAGGUGCUGAGAACUGUUCAAGUGGACGAAGAUGCAGUGGCUGCGGAUCUGAAAAAGAGUCGCUCCUUCUCUCAGUCGAUGACCUCUCCAGUUAGCUACUCCAGGUCGACGUCGGAUAUCCUUCUGAGAUAUAGCAACGAAGGGAAGAAUUCUGGUGAGCUCAAACAGCUGAGGGAUCGGGAGGUUUCGAAGACAACUGCACCUGGUUCCGUAGGCUCAAGCCCUUCUUACAGCGAACUAAGGCAGGCAGGGGACGUGAAGCAGCGUGAGCGAGACUUUCAAAGGGUGGCCCUGCAAAUUGGUCUAGGAGCAAGUCCUGCCAAAAGCGAUUCCAUGGGGCAAUUGAAUGAAUCGAAGCAGCAAGAGCGGGAGCCGCCAAGGUUACCCACACUCGCACAGCCCUUACCCGUGAAUGACGCAAAGAAGCAGCUGCCGGACUCCAAACAAAUAGAGCGUGAGCUUCGGAAACUGGCCGGAGGUUCAAGGCUCGCCAGCCAAGUCAAGCUUAGCAACCACGACGCUCAAAAGCUACCUACACCCCAUCUCAUUGACUCGAUCCAGCCAGUGGACUCUACUAAGCAGCACGGCCAGGAGGCUCAGAAGCUUCCGUCACCUGCCCAGCCCCUCCAACAUGUAGAAUCUAGCGAGAAGAAAGAGCAGGCUUCGGAAGCUGGGAGCUUCCCCACUCCCGCAGGGGCUCUCGAAGAGCCCCGGCGAUCCAACGAGAUGCAGGACGAUCCAGAGACUUCGACUAUCCCGGACACGUCUGUCCAGUCGAUCGAGGGCAAGCCUGAUGCUCUCGACUCUCUCCAGCCGACGACCACCUCAGUGUCGUCGAACCAGCAAGUGCCAGAGGUUCAAAAGUCUGCACGUCCCUCGUCGGGUUCUCGAGCAUCGUGUGCCCCGGCCCUCACUUUCGAUCCCCCAAUGCUCAGGGAGGCAUUUUGAACUUGGUUUGAGUAGUAUCAUCUUAAGCCCUAUUUUUUUAACUUGUAUGUAUUGGGUCUUGAGGUAGAUAGCUGCCAGUAUCGAUUUUUCAUUCGAACUGGGGAGGAGGAGGCUUUCUCCUCCGCAGGCAUGUAAGUUUAGAAGUUAUUCACAAUCCAUCAUUCAGCUGAGAGAGGGUAUGUGAGCUCAUCUCGAGCUUGAAUCACACCAAUAGGGGUCUCUAGACGAUCACGGCUGUUGAUCAUCUGUACUCCAGGAUGAGUGCACUUGCAAAUUCGGACUCGGGAUGAUUUGAACUGUACAAUACUUAAAAUUUCACGUCCUUGAACGUGUUCAUUGUAAAAUCUCUACUCAUGUAUGUUGGUUGACUCUCUUUGCAUGUUGAGAUAAAGUUUGUUUUCUCUACCUAAACCCACACGACCGGAAUAUGAAACUUAAACGUCCUAGAAUGAAGUGAAAUUUGAAGAAAGGAGUUGGCGAUCCUUUCUGCUCUGUGUAUGCUCCUAGCUCCAGUCUGCAGAAGCCCGCGAGUGAACAAAUUCGCGGCAAUUCGAGCCCAUGGUUCCAACUACAUGCGAACACGUGUCUUAAUCAGCGGCUGCGCAUGUGAACUCCGGUCAGAUACGGAUCCCCUCCCCCUCCCGGCAAAUCCACGAGGAGCUUCAGAGUCCAGUCACUCCACCUGACGGCCAGUUCACUGGCUCAGUUGACUUCAAUUUCUCGAGAGCUGCCUUGUCAUAGGAAGGCUUUAACAGUUGUCCUUGAACUCUUGUCUCUUGUGCUGUCCCUCGCGG